AAGGAUUUUUCUUCGUUGACGUGGUAUUAUUUUUACUUCGUUCUUCAUUCAUUUGCAUCAUAGACGACCCAUACAUAUACCAUGUCGGCCUCAGUUACCGGCUACUUGACUUCUUCCCAAUAUACUUUCCCUGUGUAUGACAGCACUGUCGAAGCCAAUCCUCAGAUUCCCAAAGACUUGCUUCUCAGCCACUCUUUGAGACUAGAAAGAACAGUACCGAUUUCACAUCCUAUUAGGAGUAACAUACCUUUGAACAAUGUCCUUAGUUCAAAGGACGGUUCUGAUUUCGAGAAUCCUUUGCUGGACCUUUUACAAUUCAGUAGGGCUAAAAUUGAAAGAUAUAUCCAAAACUCACAGAACAUAAAACCAGUUCCUCCUCCAAUCAAGACCAAUUCCAUCACCAUCUCAAAGAGACAAGAGGUUGGAAGAACCACCCCCAUUACCAACAAAACCAUAUUCUUUUCUCCUUCUGGAAAGGGUAAGAUAGUCUCUACUCCUGUUUCCAAAAGAAAGAGUUCCAUGAAUCUCAAACAAAAAUUGUUAAAGAUGGACCUGGCUUCUUUAGUGAAUAUGACAAAGCCUCAACCUCCAAUGAGCCUGCUGUUAUGGUUUCACAACGAUAAUAAGUUCAAGGAUGAGAGUUUCACAAAUGACCAAGAAGAUUCGGACUACGACCAUCUCGCAUGUCAUGCUGACAAUAUUAUGAGAAUGGCAGUGGAUUCUACAAUGUUGGGAUCUACUUUCAACUCGAGUUUCUCAUCGAGUUUCUCCAACUCGUUCAUGGCUGAGAACACCGGGAAAGAUUUUUUCGAUAAAGAAGCAAAACAAGCCAUUCUCGAGGGUUUGAACUUUUGAACACAAGCCUCUAUAGCGUAAGAAUUACUCUACUUAAAUAAAUACGAAAUGUACGAUAAGUCCCUUGAGUCAUACUCGAAAUGGUAGGUUCUGUUAAAUCCCGGGAGCAGGGACUUUGUGGUCUUGGGAUCAUCUGGUUCGGGUAUAGUGAAGUAUAGAUUGUCCAAGUUCAUGAUUAUUCGCUCAGUAUCACUGUUUUCUUUCGUCACAGUCGCUGGGAGACUUUCUAAUAGAUGCUUGGUUUUGGGACCGAUAUGUCCAUCAUAGUCCUUGGAGUAAUAAUACAUGUAGUAAUGAAGUUGGGAAUGGAAAUCACCCCUUAAAAUGCUAGAAAUGAAACACGCAUAGUGUUCAUGGGUCAAUUUGGUACGGGAUCUCAAGUACUUGAAUAAAUGCAAGGAGACCAUUUUUAAGCCUGAUUGUGCUAAGCUGUUCAAAAUAAUAUCGUACAGGUCCUGGUCUAGCCAUUCACUGAAAUUUGCAUUCAAAUUUUGCAAUUCAAUCAAGGCUUGAAUAAUACCUGAGAAGUUCAGAGUGACGUUGAUGUGAUUCAACACGCAGUUUAUGAACAAAGUCACGGUUUCUGCUGGAUAUUCACGAGAUUGAACGAACUUGACGUGGGAACUCACAAAUGACUUGAGGAUAUUCAUGUUGGCCAUAAUGUUUCCAAAUGGCGAAGUCUGCACACUGGGGUGCUGCACAAGUUCAAGCUCUUUAUGAAGCCUAAAACUCUCUUUUUGUUGUAGUUUGGCUUCGAUAUGGUGAUCGUAUGCUUUGAAGUGAGUGAACUUGUUGGACAUGAAAUUAGAUAUAUCCUUGUAGUCAAGUUUGCUAUCAACAGAUCUGGCAGUGUAGAUUCCAAUAAGAUCCAAGAUCUUCUCCACACUUGUAUCAUGAUAAUUCUCAUAAUCCUUUGGAGCAUCCUCCCAAUCACUGGGACCUGUCUCCAUGCAAAAUGCCUCUAAGGCAAAAAUGAACAGUUCACCGGGAGAAGCAGAUUCUCCCUUGAACACCAGGUGAGUAUGGUAAAAUUCGAUUAACUCUAAAGUUCUCUCGAUAUCACCAUUCGAAGCUAAUAUUCCCAAAAUAAUAUCAACCAGCUGUUUGG